CCUUACAAGGAUGGUUUCAGUUUCAAAGUUCCAAACUGUCAAAUAUCUUUUGUUCAUCAGUUGAGGCAAUUGCAGUUUACCCUAGUGUACUGAUAUCUCGAAGCCAACAAUGGAGGCCGUAGAAGAGGACCAGAGCGCUAAAAUGGAUCCUCCUCCUUCCCCUUUCGCCUUCAAUCCUCCAGAACCGCCCCUUUCCAAGAAUGCGAAGAAGAAGCUACUGAAGCAACAACGAUACGAAGCGAAGAAAGCGGAGAAGAAACUUCAGGCUAAAGAGCAGAAGAAGAAAGAUAUUGAGCGCAAACGGAAGGAAUGGGAGGACACACUGGCGAGUGUUACGGAGGAGGAGAGAUCCAAGCUGAUCGAGUCUCGGAGAAGUCUGAGGAAGGAGAGGAUGGGGAAGAGGUCAGAGGAGAGGGAGAAGAAGAUUGAGAGGCUUAACAGAGCCAAAGAUUGUGGCCAAAAUAUUGUCAUCGACCUUGAAUUUUCUCACCUCAUGACCCCUUCGGAGAUUCACAGUCUUGUUCAGCAGAUAAUGUAUUGUUAUGCGGUGAAUGGAAGAUGUCCUUCUCCUGGUCAUCUCUGGUUGACUGGGUGUAAUGGAGAAAUGGAGACCCAACUGCAAAGGCUUCCAGGAUUUGAUAAAUGGAUCAUUGAGAAGGAACAUAGAUCAUAUAUAGAUGCUUUGCAAGACCAGAAGGAAAAUUUGGUAUAUCUCACAGCAGAUGCCGAAACUGUGCUCGAUGACCUUGAUCCAAAGAAAAUUUAUAUCAUUGGUGGGUUAGUCGAUCGUAACAGAUGGAAAGGGAUUACCAUGAAGAAAGCACAUGAACAGGGAAUUCAAACCGCAAAACUUCCAAUAGGAAGUUACUUGAAGAUGUCUAGCUCUCAGGUCCUUACUGUGAAUCAAGUCAUAGAGAUUCUACUCAAGUAUUUGGAAACAAGAGACUGGAAGGCUUCUUUCUUUCAGGUUGUUCCUCAAAGAAAAAGAUGUGGAGCUGAUUCUAACAGUGACCAUCCAGUAGAUGAGGAAGAAAAUGGAGAUGGAGAUGGAGACGGAGAUGACGAACACGAGAUGAAGAAGACCAAGUGUGAUGAAGUAUCUUCCAGUGACGAUACUUUGUAAUGGCUUUGACCAAUUGUGAAUCAAGUCAGAGAUUCUAUUCUAAGUAUCUUAUAUUUUUUGGUAGGCUUCUUUCUGAGUUAAAGGAUUCUGAUUUUUUCAUUGUCGACUAGUUUAUAAUACAUACAACAUAGAUUGAAAGGGAAGAUAAAUUUUGUAAAAAUUUAGUUGAAGAGACUACUUCUUUACUGAUGAAAACAAACAAACAAAUAAAUCCUAACUAUACACGUUUUUCUUGGCGGUA